AUGAUUAAGUUUGCUGAAUUUAUUAAAGCAGGAGUGGAGGUUGUCGUUCUACUUCACGAGCUCUUCUCAUAUCUUGACAACGUUAAGUACUCCGCGGAGCAUGUGACCCAUAGGAUGGCCUGCUACCGAUAUACGGUCAUUGCUGCCCUUGAGGCUAUUGGCGUCCCUCUGCAUAAAAUACAUAUCGUAGAGGAAGGCACAUAUCAUACGACGCCAGAGUUUGUCCGAGACCUAUGGAGACUUUGUAAAAUUGUUCCCCAACAGGCAGUCAAAGACGCUUGGAAUCCGGGUUACGAACCUGACAUGUUGAGUCCUAUGCUUUGCCCGGGGCUUCAAGCACUUGCAGAAGAAUACUGCAACGUAGAUAUCCAGUUUGGAGGCACGGAUCAGCGUGGCCUCUUCAAAUUCGCCGAGCUAUUUAUGCCCCUUAUUGGGUUUGCAGACAGAGCUCGGCUUAUGAACCCAAUGCUACCAAGUCUUCGUGGAGGCAAGAUGUCAUCCUCUCAUCCACCCGAAACGAAGAUUAUGUUCCAAGACCCCGCCCCGGUCGUUAAGGAAAAGAUUGAAAAAGCCUACGCCUCGGCAGCAACCACUGAUCAAAAUGGGGUCUUUGCUCUAGUAAAGGAUAUGUUGCUUCCAAUUCGACUUCUUCAGGCAGAAGGCAUUCUAGAGGUCCAAGGGGCUCCUGGAGAGCGCAGGUCGAAAGGGCUAGUUCUGCCCAGAACAAAUGGUCGAAUCCCGAAAGAAUACCUCUCUAUUGACGAGAUAAAGCAUGACCUUGAGGUCAAAGAACUAGCGUCAGAAGUUUUCACAACCGCUGUUGCUGACGCAGUAAACAUUUUGCUCGACCAUGUCCGGCAGGCCUACGCGAUGAAUGAGGAAUGGCAAAAGGCAGACAAAUAUGGAUACCCCGAGUCAGCAUAA